AGGGCGGGGUUUUCCCUCCAAGAACACCCUAACUAAAAAAAAAAAAAAAAAAAAAAAAAACGACGCACGUACUGUAGAUUCUCUUGACCAACACAGCGUGUCACACUGAUAGGGGGGGGGAGAGAGAGAGGAUGGUGAUGGGGAUGUUGUCUAGGGAGCAGCUCCUCUCUUGAUACCAUCUCACCUCCGCUGUGAAGCUGUCGAGCCUCCUCCUUUGAGCGGCAGAUGUUUUAUGCCUUUCCCCCCUCAUUUUAACAAUCCCGUGCACCUUGACCGGCAUAUUUACUGUGCAUCUAUCACCAUCUGUAGCCAUGUCGGACUCAGAGGACAUGACGGAGUUCGCCAGCAUCGUGGAGCGGAUCGAGCGGGGAGAGGUCCCGAUCAAGAACAUUGAGAGGGAGCUGAUCUGCCCCAUCUGCAAGGAGCUCUUCACUCACCCGCUGAUCCUGCCCUGUCAGCACAGCGUCUGCCACAAGUGUGUCAGAGAGCUGCUCAUGCUCAACCAUGAGGACUCCUUUGAUGCUGGUUCUGAGUGCUCCUUGCCGGGCAGCCCCAGGUCCAGGGUGCCUUCCCCCUCCACGGAGAGACUAGACAGGCUUGUGAGAUCAGCCACAUUGCGAAGGUCGUUUGGAAGUCGAGGUAGACGUGGGCUCCGUGUUUUGAGUAGCUAUAGUAGUUCCAUCUCAUCCCCGGGCUGGCGCAGAGGGUCUGUUACUCCCAGAGUCACCACCAUCCCCUGCCCAGGCUGCCAGCAUGACAUUGACCUGGGCGAGCGCGGCAUCAGUAUGUUGUUCCGCAACUUCACCCUGGAGAGCAUCGUCGAGCGCUACCGACAGGCUGCCCGCGCGGCCGUCGCAAUCAUGUGUAACAUCUGUAAACCUCCGCAGCAGGAGGCUACAAAGAGCUGCAUGGACUGCAAGGCUAGCUACUGUAACGAGUGCUUCAAGCUGCACCACCCCUGGGGCACACCCAAAGCCCAGCAUGAGUAUGUUGGUCCCACCACAAAUUUUAGGCCCAAGGUGCUCAUGUGUCCAGAACAUGAGAUGGAGAAGGUUAACAUGUACUGUGAGGUCUGCAAGCGACCGGUGUGUCAUUUGUGCAAGCUGGGAGGGUCCCACGCCAACCAUAAAGUGACAUCUAUGAGCAGUGCCUACAAGAUCCUCAAGGAAAAGUUGGCCAAGAGUAUCCAUUACCUCAUCAGCAAAGAGGACCAGGUCCGGACUCAGAUUACUGAGCUUGAGGUUCUCAUCAAUCAGACUGAGGAAAAUGGGCAGCUGGCAGAGCGUCGAGCUAAUGAGCACUUUGAGCGUCUGUUUGAGACUCUGCAAGAAAGGAGAUCAGAGAUGCUGAGGUCCAUCGAACAGUCUCGUAACCGACGUCUGGAUCAACUGAGAGGCCAGGUGGAGGAGUACCAGGGUAUGCUGGAGAACAGCGGUCUGGUGGGCUACGCCCAGGAGGUUCUGAAAGAGACCGAUCAGUCCUGCUUUGUACAAACUGCAAAGCAGCUGCAUGUCAGGAUCCAGAAAGCCACAGAGUCUCUGAGGACCUUCCACCCUUCAGCUGACCCCUGCUUCGAUGAGUUUGUCCUGGACACGUCAAGAGAAGAAACUCUGCUUAAAGAGAUGUGCUUCGGUGGAGUUCCAGACCCCCCUCUGAUUGACUUGUCCCACAGCAGAGUCUAUAAUGAGGCAUCAAUCUGCUGGAGGCUGUCUGAUGACCAUCUGCCUACAGAUCAUCAUGUGCUUGAGUAUCGCAGGCUCAGAGGCCCGAGCCAGUCCCCAUCUCAGGAGGACGGUGAGGACAGUGGUAUCUGGAGGGCUACAGACAGGGUGUAUGGAGCAAACACUGUGGUGCAUGACCUGGAGGCGGACAGCCUGUACUCUUUCAGAGUUCGAAGCUGCAGGAACUCCAUGUUUAGCCCUUACAGUCCUGAGGUCACCUUCCACACACCACCUGCACCAGCUUUUGGCUUCCUGCUCAGUGACAAGUGUGGAUUCAGUACUGAACGUCUGGUUUUAAAUAAGCGACGAGAUGCUGUGGAGAGUGUGGCAGGCAUGGCCUUCCUUCUUGCAGCUGAACGUGUGCAGACAGGCAGCUACAUCAGCCUAGAUUACAUAAUCGGUGACACCGGCAUCUCUCAGGGAAGACAUUAUUGGGCCUUUAAAGUGGAACCAUACUCCUACAUGGUUAAAGUUGGAGUGGCUUCUGACACCAAGCUGCUUGAAUGGUUUCACAAUCCUAGAGAUACAAGCAGCCCAAGGUAUGACCAUGACAGUGGGCAUGACAGCGGCAGCGAAGACGCAUGUUAUGAGAUCUCCCAGCCCUUCACCCUCCUCACCCUGGGCAUGGGCAAACUCUUCAUCCCCAAGGCCUCUUCGUCUUCCUCUGUUUCCACAGCAAACGUUCCAUCCGGGGACCCCGGCAAUCGCAUGCUUCCGAUGCCACAGCGCUUGGGUGUAUGCUUGGAUUACGACGCAUGCCGGGUGUACUUUUACGAUGCCGACACCAUGAGGUGCCUUUAUGAGAGGCAGGUGGAUUGUUCAGGAACGAUGUAUCCAGCUUUCGGCUUCAUGGGCAGUGGAAAGGUUCAGCUGGAGGAGUUUGUCACUGCUAAAAGAUUGACCUUCUGAGGAGAGUUAGAUGUUGAUGAGCUCGGACCUGAAUUUGUUUAAAGUUCAGUACACUUUGUGAGGAACUGGCUUUGCUGACAGGGUGAUGAAGUUCAAUCUAAAUCAGUUAUUCUUUUUUUUGAUGAUCAGACGGGGCAGUUCUUGGGCCUUUUGGUCCAGAAUGUGAGGCUAGGAUAUCGGACCUGUGUGUUGCUUGUCCACAGAGGUCUUCAGAGUUUGGUAUAAAUUUGAAAGGUCUUCUCAACAUACCAAAGUCUCCAUAUUCGAACUGGUUUUAAUUGCCAGCUGGAAUCAGCUGUUGAUAAUGGAAUUGGCUGCAGUCUGCAGUCACUUUAGAUCUUUUAACAUGGAACACCUUAGAGCUUACACUUCUGUUUUGCUAGGUUUAUCGUUAUAGAUUAUAUUGUGUGUAAAAUAUUGUGUGGUCUUGUUGGCUAUUUCCUCUCUGUCUUAACAUAGCAGCACAGGUUAGAUGUAAUCGUAGUGGAUGUGUUGCUACUCUUGACACUAGUGCCUCUGUGCCUUUUUUUUUCCCCUUUACUUUUAAGAAAUAGAUAAACAAGUUUGCUCUAGCAAGCAGAAAUUGGUGUCACAGCACAAAGUGGAUUUACUGUAGGUUUUGUUUGAUCAGACACUGGCGCCAAAUAUUGACAUUCACAAUGACUUUUAUAUACCCAUUUACUGUUAGCUUUAUCACUGAAAACACUACUUUUUCUUCUUUCCACAGUUAUGUUCAGCUGUUUUUGCACAAUAUAAUGAAUCGAUGCACAUGAUAAAUGUCACAAUUUAACCACUACCUAGUUUGCAUCUGCUUUUAUAUGUCGGCGCACAACAUCCGGCACAUUGUCAUCUCACACUUGCAUAAAAAUCUCAUCUUUUGCUUAAAAAUGUGAAUGCUGGAUUAAAAAGUGUCUCACCUUUCUGUUGCACAGGGUAACUUUCAGAUCAAACUUAUUCAGGAAACAGCUGCAACAUUAUUAAAAGCCAAAAGUUUUUGGCUCCGGUGCUGACUUUAGUUAAACUUGCAGCUUUGUGGACUCUCCGACUUUUUUUUCUUUUUUUUUUUUUUUUUUUUCUUCUCUCUCUCUUUUUUUUAACAGUUCAUUCAGGUACUUAGAAAAAGUGCUAUCUCACAAAUGGUACCCCUCCUCUUUCUUUUUUUUUUUUUUUUUUUUUUUUUUUUUAUUUCUGUCAAAAGCACCAUUUAAUUGAACUGCACUCACAUCAAGUGUAGCAUGUUGGCAUCUCACUGUUGAGGUUGGCUGUCAGACACCCAAACGGAUGAUCUGGUGUGACUGGAUUAGCUGCACUAUUGAGAUCUAAAAGGGCACACUAGACCGUCUGCUGGGAAACCACGCUUGCUUUUGUAUUGAUGCAUAUUGUAUAUGUGCCUGCACAUGGGUUUGUUUGUACAUUUUAUGUAUAUUUAGAUUUCUGGAAGGUUAUGGUAGUCAGUUAGUGUGUUUUCUCAGGUUUCUGGCCCUGAUUUGGGCCCAAUGCUACCUACCUCUAUCAGUCAGGCCUGGAAAACCUUAACACUGUACCUUUCCUGACAGAAACUGUUUGGUUUGAUUUUCAGUUUCCAUUGUAUUCUAGGCUUUUAAGUGGCAGACAAUAAGCUGAUCUCUUGUUUGAUUUUAGAUUACACUUAUUAAUCCAGAAUUAUUUAGUGUUAUUUUCAGUGAAAUAAAGUUCAUAAAUGUUUAUGUAAUCAGUUACUGUGUUUCUUGUGGAUCACUAGUGAUAGAAAUGACGAAUAUUGUCGAUAACGAAUAUUUCCCUGUUCAGCUGCCUUUUUGUUGAGGGGUUUAUAUCAAUUGGAACCAUUUUUCCUCCUACCUGUGGUGUUGGUUUGAAUGCUUUAGUUUUAGGGUUUGAAACAUUUUAUUAGAUUCACAAGUUAUUUAACUGUAUGAAACUGUUCUCCAGCUUCAAUGUGAAACAUUUUGGUUCUUGCGACAUUGUGCUUCAGGUGUCCCACAAGUGUUUUCAUCUAUUUACACUCCAGUUCUCACAAACCUGAAUCUUGUUACAUAAUGGACUUCCUUCAACUUCUAUGCAUUUAAUUGGUACUUCAGUUGUAUUCCCACACAGAAUGUAUUCUUAUUCUUAGUCACAAAAUAGUUUUUUUUUCUUCUUUUGGGGACACUACACACGUGUAGGUUAUUAUGGAAAUGUAAUGAAAUGUAUAUAAUGUGAAAUGCAUCUGACUAAACUAUUAUAUUUCUUGUAUCCAGCAUAUCAGUUAUGAAUUUGGUACUAAAUAAUAUGCAGGCUGGCUCUCAAUCUUCAUACAAGCUAGCACUUUAAAAAUCUGUAGCAUGUCUGCAAAUGUUUGGCUCUGCAGGUGUGUAUACUACAUGUGUGUUUGUGUGUGCAAUAUGAUUAAAGGGGCUGUAGGUCCAAAGAGGACACACACCUUUUUGAAGACAGUUUGUACUGUUAGCAGUUUAAAGGCCUUUUUUUGUGUUUUCUUGAUUUAGAUUCAAAUUUUAAAACUAUAGUAAAUGUUAUUUCCCCACCGGUAAUGAUCAGAUUUUUUUUCUGAAAUCCAAUCACAGUGCAUUUGUUCAUGUGUGUGUGUUCUGCUGAGGAUUGUGUGUUGUGAAGCGAUGGAUUUGUGUGUGUAUAUUCUGUAAAGAUGUGGAAAUAUUCUCAGUUUUUCUGGAAAGGCUACACUUUCUGCUUUGCUAUAUAGGGGUUUCAAUAAAUAAAACUUUUUAAAUCA